CUCCGGGACAGGUUCACGUCGCGGUAGCGCGCCACCGGCCGCAGUACUGUCGUACGGUCUGAGCAAGAACCAUCCCUCUCUCCUUGCUUUCAUCGGCAUGACAGUAGUCGUCGUCGAUUCACCUGUUUUGUCGCGCGGGACGAUCGUCUUUUGAAACUAAAAAAAAAAAAAAAAGUUUUUUUUCUUCACGAUCGAUCGAUUGUCGCUCUCUCGAUCUGCAGUCUUGCGGUCUUUCGAUCGCGAUCCCGCGAGUCAUCGGAUCUGUGUAAACAGUGAACGAAAAUCCGCAGAUUUGUGAGCGUUUAAACACAAUGUGAUCACCGAUAGCACGUUUGAGUCAGCAGCGAUCGAAGAUGGUCGAUCGAAAUUUUGUUUCCCGAUGAAUCUCGAAAGAACGGACGCGAGUGCGCUCGAGAUAUAAGGAAUAUGGAAUAAGGCCGCAAAGAGGUCGAAUGCUGGCACUCCUGGCGAUAUUGCGGGGUAUUAUCCUCCGAACGCAAACGGCUCUUAAAACGUGCGGUUCGGUGAUCGAGGGUUGAUACGCGCGCUCCCGCAGAAUUAUGUGACGAUCGUGAACGUGCUCUCAAAUUUUGUAAAAUUAAAAAAAAAACAAACAAACAAAACCAAAAGACGAGUCUCUUUCUUCACGCAACAAAUAUUGAAGAGUUACGAAAUGUUCAGGUGUUAUUCGUAUCACGUUCGUACGAAAAGAUCUCUCUCUCUGUGUGCUGAUCGUGCAUUUUAAAUACACAUACGGUAUAUCGAGAUAAACUUGAACCGCGAAUUGUUUUCUCGCGUUAUAAACGCUCGAAUUUUUCUAUUAUCCCGCUUUGGAUCUCUGCGAUUACGUUUGUUUUUCGCAUGAAUUAUUUAUCCGAUUGUGCGCCCGUUAGUUCAUUAAUCAAUAUUAUACGCUCGCAGAUUUAUAUAUUAAUUGUUACAUUCGGCCUUUUAAAUUAAUUAUUAAAGCGAUACUUUCCUGUUCCCGCGUUAAUUAUUCAAAUAAUCUAAUUACUAAUUAAAACUCACGUGCCGUCAUUUAUUGUAUCUUAUUUAUUAUUUAUUAUUACAGUAAUUCCAUUACAUUACGGAGGAGCGUUUUAUUUCGAACCGUUGAGUUGUUAACAACCGUUAUUUCCGCGAUACGUCGAUCGCGCGAUACAACUUCAGCUUGAACUUUUACAAAAAAAAAAAAAAAGAAAGAAAAAAAUAGCAAAGAGUAUGGGACUCCGAGCUGUGUAAUAAUUUCGGAAGUAUACUACUACUGAAAAAGUUCGGCGAUCUCUCGCAACUUCGGCGAAGCACGCUCCGCGCGAGAUGUGUUUCGUGAGGACAAUCUCGAGAGUGAAGUAAUCGCGAUGGGACUCGAAACGUAAAAUACAUGGCUCGUCGUCGAGGAAGAAAAUAGCAGUGAUAGAAAGAGAUUAUGUUACAACGCGCUUGGUGUAUUCGCGUCGACGUAAAAUAUCAGCGACAACAUAACAAACAACAAGUAAUAUAAAGCGAACAAAAUCCAAAUAUACAACAACGUCAAACUACGUUCAGACAGCAGUCUGGAAAUAACAAUCGUUAAAUAAACCACAUCUUCGCGAGUGUCCUUCGCGGUGUAUAAAACAAUAUUACAACUGAGAUACAUCUGGUUCUAAGUGCGCUUCUAACAGCUCCUGUUAAAUUAACUGUGAAUAAGGGAUUCGAUUACUGCGCGCGUGUGUGUGUGUGGUUGGUUGCGGCUUAACGUGUGCAUACACACACGUACGCGCACGCACGCACGCGGCGAAGUGUUUGCAAUGAGAUCGGACGAGUCAACGCGAAGUUAAGCAUCGCUGAUUAUCUUAGAGCCAUCGUGUAAUUGGCGCUAAUUAAUCAGUACGACUCUUCACGCUCCAGACGACGACGUCGUCGUCGUCGAAAUCGCCGCGUAUUUCACAGCUUCCCGUCGUCCUGCCCGUCGCAAGAGUUUCCGACAAUGAAGUGGCUCUGGAUAACCAUCUUAAUAGCUCUGGCACUGCCAGCUGCUGUACCACGAAGAAUCCACAGAAGCAAACCCACGCCACGAUUGUACGGCGACCGAGUCCCCGUCAAGCUAAUAAGGACCACCAGCAGUAAGGUGCGGCAGAAGAUCGUCGACACUCACAAUUACUUUCGCACGCAAGUGAAGCCACCUGCCGCCAACAUGCUUGUCAUGAAAUGGCACUCGGGUCUGGCGAAGGCAGCGCAGAGAUGGGCCGAUCGCUGUCUCGGUUUGGUGCACGACAACGCAACCGGUCUGUAUUUGGACGGCUUCGGCCAAAGUGGACAAAACAUUUUCAUAAGCACAAGUCGCACUCUCUGGAACUUCCCCAUCAGAAUGUGGUACAUGGAGUAUAGGGACUUCAAGUACGGGACCAAUACGACGAAUGAGAUCCGCAAGAUCGGCCAUUACACGCAGGUGGUGUGGGCCACAACGCAUCUAGUCGGAUGCGGAGUGAGCCAUUGCACCGGCGGCAAGGGCCCGCUCGGCGAGGACUUCUACAUGUACGUUUGCAACUAUGCUCCGAGUGGAAACUAUGCGAGCCGUCUGGGUCUGCCGUACGUAACCGGCAAACCGUGCAGCAUGUGCAAGGAUCACUGUUCGCGAAGCAAGCUUUGCACGAACGCCUGCUACCACGUUGAUCUGUGGUCGAACUGCGCCGAACUGGUCAGAACGUUCGGCUCGUGGGUCUGCGAGACGGACACUCAGGAGGGUCGCGAACGCCGAAAAUUCUGCGGUGCGACGUGCAACUGCGAGGAUAAGAUCUACUAUCAUCACGGGUAGGAGGGAGAUCUUCUUAACACAUCGUUUCGGGGUGCAUGAAUAAUUUAAUCGUCCUGCUAAAACCAACCUCAGACCUGACGUAAAUGGUAUGAUGGCAGCUAAGUGGCUGCAGAUCGUUUGCACGAGGAUCGCGCUGUUUCGUUGAUGACCUCCAUUUGUUUGGUGACGAGCCGGAAAAAAAAAAACGCUUGUCGCGAUAUUUCGAAAAGGACCUCGUUGGGAGAGAGGCGUAGGGACGAAGGGACGGGGGAGUGGAACGGAAUAACAUAUGGGAAUAUGGGCACAGACGAAGUGAUUGUGGAAUUUGUGUGUGCUCUUCUUCGAUUUCUCUAGAGGCCUAGACACCGCGGAUUUCAAAGGAAGUUGAUCGUAACGGAUCGAUUGAAAUCCUACGCAACGCGAUUCUAAACGAUUAUUCUGAACUACGCGUAACGAUUCCUUCGAAAUUGCAGAGAUACAUUAGAACACGAUCCUCACACAGUCCGUUUGACCCUCGAAUUUUCUUCAGGGAAUCUGAAACCCUAGGAUUCUCUCACGCACACGCAACCGACACGUGAUAUCACGACAGAAUCAAGGACUUUUUGGGUUUGCGAACUUUUUGACACUCUCGAUCCCCCGUCAAGCAACUUUUCAGUAGCUUCUCUCCAUCUUCCAUUUUUGCAAACUUUGAAUUAUAUCAUAAACGGCUGAUUCAGAACUAACGUUUUACUUGAACUUUUGAAUACGCACAGGUUAAGUGAUUUCGAAAAACACAAACAAAUGUCAAUCGAUUUUAUUUUACAUCCGCUUUGUACGUAUUCAAAGGAAAAAGAAUAAUUAUAUUAAUUUUGUCACGAGAUAAUAAUUUUAUAUCGUGUAUAUUCUUUCGUUAUUUUUAUUGUUUUUGUUUCUUUUUUUUUUUUGCUUAAUAAAUUUAUGCGAGGCGAAAUUACAAUUAUACGUAUUUCAGAAGCUUAUAUACAGUUACCAAAAUAGGACACCAUAUAUAUACACAUUUAAUGGAACCGUAUGAAGAUUACAGAAGAACUUGAUAAGUCCAUUUUUUUUCGAUUUUCUGUUUUUCGUGUUAUUUGGUAGUUAAUAUCGAGUAUUUUUUAAUUAUUCAAAACGAGAGGGGAAAUUCUUGAUAGAUUCCGAGAUACAAGCAUUUGUGUAAAAUGUGUAACGGAGAAAUGCGUUUUACUUUCAAAAUCGCUCUUUUUUAAAAUUACGAAAAUGUGACUCGUCAAGUUCGUCUCCUGGUGAUUUUCAUACACAUUUAGUGUUUUAUUUUUAAUAUAACCAUGCAUAUUUAGUGAUUUGUCUUUAAUUCUUACAUUAAAUAUUGACGUUCCACUUUUAUCGAAUUAUCCCAAGAGUUUGUACUCGAAAUUGCAAAUUAUUCUUUAAAUAAGCAAAUCGGAAAAUUUGUUUAGCAGAUACGUCUCAUUCUGUUUGGUAUAAUUUUUUUUAUCUAUUUUAUAUUGAUGCGCAUAUUUCUCUCACACACAUCCGCUCGGACUUGCAAUUCUCAACAAUAUCAGACAAAACUUGUAAAUAUAUAAAUCCGGCGAAUUACACAUAUCGAAAAACUGAUAAUUAAUAAAAAAAAAAUACGUACUAUUAAGUUUAUUCAUCUACAGUAAGAAGAAUAAUAUGUAAAAAUUAAACUAAGAGAAGAUGAUGCGUCGAUGUUUCUUGUCAUGAUGUAACAAAACACAUUUUGAAAUUUUCUUUAAUUAGUAUAAUCAAUAACACGGCUAUUUUUAUCUUAGAUGUAAAACUACGUAUAUCUACGCGGUACAACGCGGCUCGGAUAAAAUCAGGUCGAAAAUGUUAAAUUUAACUCUUUACCGCGCGCAAUUUAUUGUAGAGAAUUAAAUAUAUAUAUUUUGAAGAUUCUUAAAUAUUUCAAAUGUUAUAUAAAAUCGUAAUAAAACAAUAUAUACAAGUGAAAAAAGAAACGAGAAAUUUUCGAAAAGUUUAACUGAUCGACUGAAGAAGACGAUCCUUAAAAAUAGUAAUUCUUGAAAUGUUGCAAAAUAUUUCCAAAUAAAUAAAUAUUAAAAAAUUCAA